CGAGCGCCCAUCCCCAUGGCUGUGGUGAGGAGGGAGCUGUCGUGUGAGAGCUACCCCAUCGAGCUGCGCUGUCCGGGCACUGACGUCAUCAUGAUCGAGAGUGCCAACUACGGCCGCACCGACGACAAGAUCUGCGACGCAGACCCGGCACAGAUGGAGAAUACGCGCUGCUACCUGCCAGAUGCCUACAAGAUCAUGUCCCAGAGAUGUAAUAAUCGGACCCAGUGUGCUGUAGUGGCUGGACCAGAUGUAUUUCCUGACCCUUGCCCCGGAACCUAUAAGUACCUAGAAGUCCAGUACGAAUGUGUACCCUACAAAGUGGAACAAAAAGUAUUCCUGUGCCCCGGCUUGCUGCGAGGGGUGUACCAGAGCGAACACCUCUUUGAGUCAGACCACCAAUCCGGUGCCUGGUGUAAAGACCCCCUCCAGGCCUCUGACAAGAUCUACUACAUGCCCUGGACGCCAUACCGCACGGACACGCUGACCGAGUACUCCUCCAAAGAGGACUUCAUCGCCGGGCGACCCACGACCACAUACAAACUACCGCACCGUGUCGACGGCACAGGCUUCGUAGUGUACGACGGCGCACUGUUCUUCAACAAGGAGCGCACGCGCAACAUCGUCAAGUUUGACCUGCGCACGCGCAUCAAGAGCGGUGAGGCCAUCAUCGCCAACGCCAACUACCACGACACGUCACCGUACCGCUGGGGCGGCAAGUCGGACAUCGAUCUCGCCGUAGACGAGAACGGCCUGUGGGUCAUCUACGCCACGGAGCAAAACAACGGGCGCAUCGUCAUCAGCCAGCUCAACCCCUACACCCUCCGCGUGGAAGGAACCUGGGACACCGCCUACGACAAGCGCUCGGCCUCCAACUCCUUCAUGAUCUGCGGGAUUCUCUACGUGGUGAAGUCGGUCUACGAAGACGACGACAACGAGGCGACCGGGAACAAGAUUGACUAUAUCUACAACACGGAGCUGAGUAAAGAUGGCUUCCUGGACAUCCCCUUCCCCAACUCGUACCAGUACAUCGCCGCCGUGGAUUACAACCCGCGGGACAACCUGCUGUACGUGUGGAACAAUUACCACGUGGUCAAGUACUCGCUGGACUUUGGUGCCUUGGACGGUAGACCAGAAUCGUCAUCGUCUGUGAUCGUUUUUAUGGAUACCACGACAACGCGGACUACAACUCGACCGGCGACGGUUUCCAUGACGACCACGCCAACAACCAGCUCCACCACAACCACCAGGGCCUCUGCGACGACCCCCGUUGCCCAGCGACCGCGCACCACCUCGACUACUCUGCCGCCGCCAUUGCCGCCAGCAGAGGGCAAUAUCCCAGAGGGCAACACAAGGUCGUCCCCGUCCUCUAAGCUCCCCAACGUCGGCAUUGAGUACUGUAACCCCAUGAUCAUGUCAGACGUGUCUUGGCCCAAGACCAGGCAUGGACUGGUGACCAGGCAACCAUGCCCAACUGGAACAAUAGGCGUGGCCAUGUAUCUGUGUAUGGGGCCCGAAGGAUACUGGGACCCCCAAGGGCCCGACCUCAGCAACUGUACGUCCCCGUGGGUCAAUGUCAUCACCCAGAAGCUCAAAGCAGGAGAGACUGCAGCCAUCAUUGCCAGGGAGCUGUCGGAGCAAACUAAGAGUAACCUUCAGGCAGGUGACAUCACCUACACAGUCAAGGCCAUGGGUCAGCUUGUGGACCUACUUGACGUGCAGCUGAGGAACCUUACCCCUGGAGGCAAAGAUAGUGCAGCCCGCAGCCUCAACAAGCUGCAGAAAAGAGAGCGCUCUUGCCGGUUUUACGUGCAGGCCAUGGUGGAGACUGUGAACAACCUGCUUCAGCCCCAGGCCCAGUCGGCGUGGAGGGACCUGAGCACCGGGGAGCAGUUGAGAGCAGCCACCAUGCUACUGGACACGGUGGAGCAAGGAGCCUUCGUCCUGGCCGACAACCUGCUCAAGACGGACAUCGUGCAGGAGAACACCGACAACAUUCAGCUGGAGGUGGCCCGGAUGAGUACGGAAGGGAAUCUGCACGACCUGAAAUUCCCACAAAGUGGCGGCCAUGGUAACUCCAUCUCCCUGUCAUCAAGCACCUUGAAACAACAUGGGAGAAACGGAGAGAUCCGGAUGGCCUUCGUCCUGUACAAACACAUCGGUGCCUACCUGUCUACAGAGAAUGCCAGCAUGAAGCUCGGCAGGGAAGCCAUGGCCACCAACUACUCUGUCAUUGUCAACUCUCCCGUCAUCACCGCAGCCAUCAACAAAGAGAACAACAAAGUCUACCUGUCUGAACCGGUCAUAUUUACCCUGAAACACCUGCAGCAAUCCAAGGAAAGCUUUAACCCCAACUGUUCUUUCUGGAGUUAUUCCAAGAGGACCAUGACGGGGUACUGGUCGACGCAGGAUUGCCGGUUGCUAGGCACCAACAGGACUCACACCACGUGCUCUUGUACCCACCUGACUAACUUUGCAGUCCUCAUGGCUCACGUGGAGGUCAAGAAUACUGACCCAGUCCAUGACCUGCUGUUGGAUGUGAUCACAUGGGUUGGCAUUCUGCUCUCCCUGGUCUGCCUGCUCAUCAGCCUGUUCACCUUCUGCUUCUUCCGGGGCCUCCAGAGCGACCGCAACACCAUCCACAAGAACCUCUGCAUCAGCCUCUUCAUUGCAGAGUCCCUCUUCCUGGUGGGGAUCAACCGAGCUGACCAACCGAUUGCCUGUGCUGUAUUCGCUGCCCUGCUCCACUUCUUCUUCCUGGCGGCCUUCACCUGGAUGUUCCUGGAAGGCGUGCAGCUCUACAUUAUGCUGGUGGAGGUGUUCGAGAGCGAGCACUCGCGCAAACGCUACUUUUACCUGGUGGGUUACGGCGUGCCAGCACUCAUCGUGGCCGUGUCGGCCGCCGUGGACUACCGGAGCUACGGCACGGACCGAGUGUGCUGGCUUCGUCUGGACACUUACUUCAUUUGGAGUUUCAUAGGACCGGCAACCUUGAUAAUUAUGCUGAACGUGAUAUUCCUAGGCAUCGCGCUGUACAAGAUGUUCCACCACACCGCCAUCCUCAAACCCGACUCGGGUUGCCUCGACAACAUCAACUAUGAGGAUUACGAACCUGAGAUCAAAUCGUGGGUGAUUGGGGCCAUCGCUUUGCUCUGUCUGCUGGGCUUGACCUGGGCCUUCGGCCUGAUGUACGUCAACGAGAGCACGGUCAUCAUGGCCUACCUCUUCACCAUCUUUAACUCCCUGCAGGGCAUGUUCAUCUUCAUCUUCCAUUGUGUCCUCCAGAAGAAGGUGCGUAAGGAGUACGGAAAGUGUCUGCGUACCCACUGCUGCAGUGGCAAGAGUGUAGAGAGUUCCAUUGGCUCUGGGAAGAGCUCAGCCUCCCGCCCACCAGGGCGCUAUUCCACAGGGUCACAGAGCCGGAUCCGUCGCAUGUGGAACGACACAGUCAGGAAACAGUCGGAGUCAUCUUUCAUAACCGGCGACAUCAACAGCUCAGCGUCGUUGAACCGAGUGCCCUACAGAGAGACAAAGGGAAUCCUGAACAAUGCCCGGGAUACAAGUGUCAUGGAUACUCUACCACUGAAUGGUAACCAUGGCUACAGCAUCGCCAGCGCCGACUACAUGAGCGACUGCGUCCAGAUCAUCGACCGGGGCUACAACCACAAGGAGACUACGCUGGAGAAGAAGAUCCUGAAAGAGCUCACGUCUAACUACAUCCCCUCCUACCUGAACAACCACGACCGCUCUGCCGAGCAAAACCGCAACCUCAUGAACAAGCUGGUGAACAACAUGAGCAAUGGAGGCAAGGAUGUUGGCCUGGGGGGGAUGGGGAUGGGGGGGAUAAACGUGGCGUUGGACUUGGAUGAGCAUUCUUCCUUCCCUCCGCACCUCCAUGAUGAAGGUCUGGGCCUGGAGUUGAUUCGGGAAGAGUCCAACGCCCCCCUUCUGCCCCAGAGACCCCCUUUGCUGCCACCCGUUGACAACCUCCACCACAACCACCUCCACAACCAGGGCCCGCCGCAUCAGCCUCCGCUCCCCCACCACCACCACCCAGCCUUCUCCUCGGCCACCACCACCUCGUCCUCGUCCCGCCGGCGGAUCCCGCAGGAGAACAGCGAGAGUUUCUUCCCCCUGCUCACCAACGAGCAUACCCUGGAUGUGGAGCCCACUUCCCCCAGCCGCCACCCCCACCACCUGCACCAUCCCAUCCCACCUCACCUCCCUCUACAUCCCACCUCCCUCUACACCAGCAUGCCCGUGCUGGCAGGCCUACCGGAUACCACAGACUCCGGCACCACCACCACCACUACCGCCAUCCUCGCCGAUAAAGAUGCCGGAGAGGGCCACCCGGCAGGGGGCAAGAGCCCCGAGGCCAGCCAGGACGAUGUCUACUACAAGAGCAUGCCUAACCUGGGCUCACGUAACCAGCUGCACUCCUACUACCAACUAGGGAGGGGCAGCAGCGAUGGGUUCAUCGUGCCCCCCAAUAAGGAGGAUCUGUCCCCUGAAGAGUCCCCCCAGGAGCCCUCGCACCUGGUCACCAGCCUAUAG